GGCUAUGGCGAGCAUGGCGCAGUGGGUUUGGCCUGCUGUUCGCGCUCUCAGGCUCUGGGGCCCGGGCGGUGAGCGGGCCUGGGCUCGCCGGCCUCGCAUUGCAGGUAGAAGGACGCCUGUACCUUUUUCUGCUGGCGUCUCGAGUAUCUUUGGAAGUGGAGGCAGCAGUGAGAAGGAGAAGCUCUUUCUGCAGGACAUCGCUGAGCUGAUUCAAGCCAGGGCCUGCCAGAGGGUGGUGGUCAUGGUGGGGGCUGGCAUCAGCACUCCCAGUGGCAUCCCGGACUUCAGGUCUCCAGGGACUGGCUUCUACAGUAGCUUCCAGCACGCUGAUGUCCCGUACCCCGAGGCCAUUUUCGAACUCUCAUUUUUUCUUCAUAACCCCAGGCCCUUCUGCACGUGGGCCAAAGAGAUGUACCCUGGGAACUACAGACCCAACAUCAUCCACUAUUUCCUUCGGCUGCUCCACGACAAGGGGCUGCUCCUGCGCCUCUACACACAGAACAUCGACGGGCUGGAGCGAGUGUCAGGCAUCCCUGGCUCCAAGCUGGUCGAAGCUCACGGGUCCUUUGCCUCCGCCACCUGCACUGUCUGCCGGAGAGCCUCCCCCAUGGAGGACUUCUGGGCUGCCGUGAUGGGGGACAGGGUCCCCUCCUGUGCAGUCUGCACCGGCGUUGUGAAGCCUGACGUCGUGUUCUUCGGGGAGGCGUUGCCGCAGAGGUUCUUGCUGCACGUGGUGGACUUCCCCACCGCAGACCUGCUGCUCAUCCUCGGGACCUCUCUGCAGGUGGAACCUUUCGCCAGCCUGUCUGAGGCCGUGCGGAGCUCAGUGCCCCGAGUAUUCAUGAACCAGGAAGCGGUGGGGCCCUUGUCCUGGCGUCCUCGCAGCAGGGAUGUGCUGCAGCUGGGGGACCUGGUGGACAGCGUGGAAAGGCUGGUGGAGCUGCUGGGCUGGUCGGAGGAGCUGAAGGACCUUGUCCAGCGGGAGACGGGGAAGCUCAGUGGACAGGACAGAUAGGGUGACGGCUGUUCCCAAACCAGAAAUGGCCACAUGGAGUCACCACCCAUUUCUGAACAGACCUCAUGCCUGAAGACCAGCUUGGGCAGGUUUGCAGAUUGUCUGACACAGCACACGAUCUCAGAGAGCAGAGCGUGGGGCCCAGACAGCACCCUCUCUCGCUGUGUCUCUGCUGCCUGCCCACCCAUGGGUAUGGAGGCCCUGGGCCUGCCUUCCCUCACUUUAGUCCGCACCCAGCCGAAGUCCUCACUGCCAAGCGUUCCCUUCCGGCUGUGGCCCAGCCUCCUGUGUCCGGGUCCCCAUCUGAAGGGAGGCCGGCAUCUGUCAGAAAGACCUCAGGCUGCGCGGCCCAGCACUUCCCGGCGUGGGCACUGGGCCCUGGGCUGGGCUCAGCUAGUGGCAGCCUCUUUAGUAGGGUUAGUUGUGACGAGUUCAUAGUUCAUUUCCGGCAUGAAAUAAACAUUACUGUAGCACUGGGCAUCCUUUCACUCUGUUCC